CACUGGGUUUUUAUUUUUGAAGCGAGAGGACAUUCCACGGCCGAGCUUCUUCAUCUUCUUCUUCACAAACAAACGUGGGCAAGACUAUUAUAACAAUCAACUUUGGCACAAUGAUGAUUGCUUCUAGGUUUCCGGCAAUUUCUUCAGGUUUUUUGCUUCAUCCUAGUUAUAAUAAGCUAUCCUUUCAGCUAAACAAAUACCAGAGAACUAGACUUGCUUGUUAUGAGCCUAAUCGAUUGGCUUCCGAGAAGAUUUCUAGAGGAAGUUCUCUUAGGAAGCCUUGCACAAGCAGCCAUGUUGUGUCCCUAGGGAGUAAUCGUCAAUUGAGUUUCGAUGAUGAAUUACCUGAGGAACCUUUCUGGCUAUGUCUGAUUAGAGAAACCAUAUGGGGCAUAAGAUCUUUGUCUGUGUUUCUGAUUAAGCAACCUAGUCAACUGAAAUACAUAGAGUGGCCAAGCUUCGUAAGCACGCUGAAGACUGCUAUUUUAACUCUUGUUCUAGUUGCCGGGCUCAUUGUUGCACUAGCAUCAGUUGAUUCCCUCCUCUGCUAUAUUUUAGCUUUGUUGCUCAGAAGAACCCCUUAAUAAUUGAAAUAUAGAUUCCUUGAAUGUUGCAUUAGGGUUAUCCAUGGUCCGUUCUUCAUAAUAUGUAGCUCGGUUUCGCUUGUGGAAGAACUGCUAUUGUUUUUGCUGCAAAAGAUGAAUGGCAGCGGAAAUUGUUCACCGGACCUGCAGCAACCAUUAGCUUAGUGACUUAGCAAAGAAAUGG